UGGACAAGCUCGUCCCCGCCUAACGUUGUGCUCUCAACGUCUGUCGAUUACAUCUUCAGUUAAUACACUGUUUCUCCCUACAUUCGUUGGUCUAAACAUGGCGCAGUUGGUUAACUCCUACACCUCCAUUUGCUGAUUGUUUCACAAAGAAAAUUAUCCGAGUGUUCAGAAUUUCUGCAUCGACAUUCCACCAACGAUCGCCAAUCUCACGUGGCGCCGCACAAAUUUGCCGCUAGGUUCGCAACACCAGAGUAGUUCGCAGUUACAAUUGGAAUUAGUAUUGCCCUUCGACAAAAUUGGGGUACCCAGACUCCUUUGAUUGACGAUUCUCUCUAAAAUCGAAGUUUCCGUGUGCCCAGUAUUUCGGUAUUCAAAACCACUCCAACGAACGUCGAGCUAGCGUGGUGCCGCACAUUUUUGCCGCCAGGCGCGCAACACAACAGUUUCGUCAAUCUCGGUGGUUUAUGUGCAUUACUUCGACUUACGGCAUUCUCACGAGCAACCUUUCUUUUAUCAUCAAGAGUUUCGGUAACCGAACUUUAUUCAUCACGAUCCGUAUCACACGGCCUGGAAUCGCAUAUUCCGGAAACGGUGGCGCCACACGCUACCCCCAGUUUUAGUUACCCCACGCCUCCGGUAGGAGCGCCCCAUCAAGGGAUACACUCCUGAUUUUCGCCUAUUGAUAUCACAUCAAUCUACGCAAUCACAUGCAUGCAGCGCGUCGUCACUCUGUCGCAGUACAAGUGGGUCGACAUCACACUCAUCCUUUAUAUUCUCGCUGUAGAAUAAGCUCGCAACCACAAUCAUGGCCACAGCCAUCGCCGCCGCAGCAGCAGCCGCAGCCAAUGCAGCUCCGCAACAGCCAAUAGUGAAUCCACCCAGAGCAUUUAAGCCUUAUGGUUCACCACCAUCUUUCGAUCUGGAAGCUGAACGCGAUUCAUUCGGCGUACAGGAAGAAAGAGGGAAGAUAUUUCUGGCUCUGUCAACCAUCAAUGAAGUACUCGACGCCGCCACAUCGCCGGCUCGCGGCGUCCGACGACCUCGACACGAUUCCAGCCCUUCCGACGUCGAAGCAGCCGCCGCCGCCGCCGAAGUCGAUCUCGACGACAUCGACGACGAAAUCGAGGAAUCGAAAAAGAGUCGGCCGGCCAUUCGGGUCCCGAGGAAGAAGAGGAAGACGACGACGAGGAAGAAGAAGAAGAGAAGAACAAACGGGCCCGCGUCGAGUCGAUCGUAUCGACGAUGCGCACCUCGACCCCGGCUGAAAUCAACGGCGGCAAGAAGCGCAAACUCUACCAGCCCCAGCAGCACGGACACAAAUUCACCAACGAGGGAGAGGAGUAGGACGUCGAGACAGCGGACGAUCGCAACGAUUCACUGUCAGAGGAACAACACGAUCUCAGCAUGGCCCGCGCUCAAGCUUCCUCUCGCUCCAGCUCCGCCCAGCAACAGCAGCAGCACCAACGGGCCGAGAAAUCCAGCAGCGAGCCGGCCCAGCAGCAGCAGCAAAUCCGCCAGCCUGUCCGAGACGACGCCGGCCGCUCGACACGAUGCAGAUGCAGCAGCAACAGCAGCAUGAUCCCUUCAGGAGCGCAUCGCUUCGCUCCACCAGCAGCGCUUCACCGCACUCCAACAGCAGCAGCAGCACCAACGGGCCGAGAAAUCCAGCAGCGAGCCGGCCUAGCAGCAGCAGCAAAUCCGCCGGCAUGUCCGAGACGACGCCGGCCGCUCCCGCAACGCCCUCAAUCAGCCCAUCAAUUUCGGUAGGCGUUCCAAUCAGCGAUUUAAGUCACGUCUCCCAGGCUCAUGCGGCCUACCUGGACGCCACCCGUCGCAUGCUCAUGGAGAAACAGCAGCAACGCCAGCAAGCGCCUAUCAAAUCCGCCGUCCAGCAGAUGCAGCAGCAACAGCCAUUGCCGACGACCCAGCAGCCCGUUCAACAAAUGACCAGCACCCCAAAGGAGCCGGACUCCUCGCCCAACAACACGGAACUGGAAGGUUUGGCUGAAAUGUUGAAAUCGGAAUUGGCCUCGUCUUUGGCCCAGUGGGUGGACAACACUCUGUCCCGCUUUGCCGCCGCCCAGCAGCAACAGCAGCGCUCCCAUCAUCACGUCAUCGCCAACAGCCAGAAAUCUUCGGCCAACUCUGUUACCGGCGAGGAAUCUGAAUUGAGCAAAUUGCAACGAGGCCGCGUUAUCGACCGCGGAUUGCGAAACGGCGAUAUGGCCGCCCUCGGUUUGACGUCGACUCCGUUCUUGCGGACGCCCUACGGCCCACUUCCGCAUCAUCUCUUCCCUCAACAGCAGUCUCCCAAUACCGCUCUCAACCACAUCGUCAACUCCAUUGGAGCCGGAAUCCAUCCGGCUGCCGCCGGUUUGGCCAACAUCGGCCAGCAGUUCACCCAGCAGCAGCAGCAGCAACAGCAGCAGCAACAGCAGCAGCAACAGCAACAGGAAGAACAAGAGGCCAUCGACGCCGAUGCCGCUGAACAGAACGAGGCCCUCAGCUUGGUCGCCUCGCCCAAGAAGCGCCGUUUUACCCCCGCCGCCAGCAACAACAACAACAAAACGACGUCGUCCGAAAGGAAUUCGAGUCCGGCACCUGGACAUCGUGACAACGCCGAAACGCGUCCGUAUUUUGUUUCGUGUUGUCCCUCAAAACAGCCAUGCCCCCUUUUCCUUUUUUAUGUAUUAAAAGAAAGCAAACCCGGAAAGAAAGGGCAUGUAUUGACUUCACAGAGUGUGUGAAGCAGACGACGCUAGUGAGAGCGUAGGGUCAGUCUGGACAAGCUCGUCCCCGCCUAACGUUGUGCUCUCAACGUCUGUCGAUUACAUCUUCAGUUAAUACACUGUUUCUCCCUACAUUCGUUGGUCUAAACAAUUAUAACGAAAAGCUAAA